AUGCUGUGUUCCGCGCGCUGCCAGUGCUUCCUCUGCCGCGAGCUGCAGUCCUGCCGCGCCGCCGACUCCCGCAAGCCCCCCGGCAAGCACGGCAUGGCCGACAACUUCAUACUCAGGAAGGCCGAGGCCUGGGAGCCCAUGAAGUUCAUCCGGGGGGCCGCGAGGAUGUCGGUGCGCCACUGGCAGAGCCGCGAGCCCCUCGCACCCCCCAAGCCGCGCGCCUCCCCGCACAAGUCCACCAGCUGCGAGCAGCUGUACACCCCCGCCGUCGAGGACGCGGGCCCCUUCGCGAUGCGGCGGGCGCCCAGCACCGACCGGGUAAAGUACGUCGAGCACAAACCCCUGUUCAAGAUGCUCGGCAACUCGCGCUCGAAAAAACCGAGCUCCGGCGAUUCAGCGGAACCCAAUCCCCGGAGGAGCGUAUUGAAUUUCAAAAAACAUGAGUCGGCGCAAUCUAAAAACGUGCACGAGAAGUACGUGCCGCUCCAGGCGGCGCCGGCGGAGCGUGGCGGCGACGCGCGGCCGCGGCCGGACGACUGCUGCCGCCCGCCGGUCUACACCAGCGUCGACAAGCACGCCCGCGACACCCCCGACAGGAAGAUGGGCACCCGCCCGCCCUGCUACGAUGAGCUGGCCGAGCGACUCGAGAGGAACAAGAAAACGGCCGCCCCCGGCGAGCUGGCCAACAAGAUCACGCAGAACAAUAACAAGGUCGUCAUAUACUUCGGAGAUUCUAUCAUUCGGAAGCACAACGAGCAGAAAAAGGAGGAGGACAAGAAGGAGAAGCAGGCGGACCGCUCGCCGAAGGAGGAGGCGAUUUAUGUGAAUCAGCCGCUGGACGAGAGCGACGCGGGAACGAAUAGGGAGGUAGACAAAGGAGGGACGCAGCUGGUGUCGGAAGUGGAGGUCCCCGAGGCCAUAUAUGCCGAGAUAGCGCCGGAGGAGGCCAAGGAACCAGAAGCCCCUCCGAUCAACGAUGCCACUUAUAAGAAGGACGUGCACGAGACGAUGGGUGCGGACGGGUUCGUAGUGGUGCAGUUCGAGGGGAACUACGAGCGGGCUCGUCAGCUAGUGGAGUUGGUGCACAGUGGGGGGAAAUUGGACCAGAACGAGGCCACGGUGCUGGACGAGGACGAACACUGUGAUUGGAGCUUCAUCCAGGAUUGGAGAAAACGGCCGUCAAGUGGGUGCCGGCCGGAGGAGUGGUGCGGGGGUGCGGGGGGUGUGGGGGGUGGCGGGGCGCGCGCGCUGCGGGUGCGCGUCGCCAGCGCGGCGCCGGCGCACGCUCGCCGCCUGUCCCCCCCGCCGCCCGCGCACCGCGCCACCACGCCGCCCCCACUGCCGCCCAACGACGCCGCUACUAAACCCUAG